AUGAAUGCCACCCAUGGUGCUCAAAAUGAUCCGAUACGACAUGUUGGAGAUCUUGAAAAUGUUAUAGCACAGAACAGUGGGAUUGUCGAUAUCUACAUACACGACCCUGUGAUUUCUCUGACUGGUAAUGACACCAUCGUUGGCAGAUCCCUUGUGAUUCACGAAGGCCAAGAUGAUUUGGGUCGCGGUUCUCAUCCAGACAGCCAAGAGACUGGCAACUCUGGCGGACGUUUCGGCUGCGGAAUUAUCGUUGCUAGAUGGUGGCCAUGUUGCUAA